UCAAAUGCCCUUCGUUUCGUCUUCCUAUUCGUCCGUUCGUCCGUACUGAUCUAUCAACCGUCCGUCCAAUAGUCUGGACGCUCGCUGGUUAUCGACCCUGUGAAUAUCGGAUACUCGGAGAGGAGGAAUAUUUCUUUAAUUACAAUCACCAUUUCGCAUAAAAGUCUGAAAAGAAAUACCUCAUCCUCUUUUGAACAACUGCCCAGCAAUCGAAAAGGGAAAAUCUUGGCGCAACUAUUAUGGCUGGGCUUUAUCAUGAUCAGUUCGGGCGUAAGGUAGCCAAAAUCCAGCUCCUUCUCAUCAAUCCGAACUCUACCUCGACUUUCACUCAAGAUGUGGCUAGGCAUCUCCACCCUCGCCUUCCAACUGAUGUCGGAAUAACUUUUUAUACCCCUCCUCCAGAGGCGCCAGCUAGUAUAGAUGGCCCACUGGAUGGGAUAGUUUCUACUGCGGUCAUUCUCAAGGAUCUUGAGCUUCAGCCCAAAGGCCAAGCUGUUAACGCUCCUGAAGACAGUAGUGGGGCGUCAAGGCUUGCUACUAGCUAUUCAGGUAUCGUGGUGGCGUGCUUUUCAGCGCACCCACUAGUGCCUGUUUUGAAAGAGCUUCUUGCGGGGUAUGAUAAACCUCCACCAGUGCUGGGCAUAUUAGAAUCAAGUGUGCUGGCAGCAUUACAACUUGGACCAACCUUUGGUAUCGCUACUACAGGCCCCCAAUGGGAACCCCUCUUUGACGAGGCAGUUCGUGCGAUGGGCAUAUCUCCAACCCGCUAUACCGGAACCAAAGGCACAGGUUUCAAUGCGGUCAGUUUGCAUGGCGAUAAGCCGGCCGAAGCCUUAUUAGAGGCCUCUUGUUUCCUAGUCCAAAAGGGUGCUAGGGUCAUUAUUCUCGGCUGUGCCGGCAUGGCGCCCAUGCGGGCAUCCUUGCAAGAGCAGUUAGCCGACAGGGUGGGCCAAUCGGUGGCAGUAAUAGAUGGAGUAUCUGCUGCAGUGGAUAUGGCCAUAGGGUAUGCGAGGAUGGGAAUUGGUAGGACUUUUGGUCCUGACUUGAGCGAGAACUCCCCGACGACUUGAUUGUUGAGCAAGGAACCCCAGGAGCCUAACGGUGCACGAAUGGAGAGACCUCAUCAGGACCACGAUUUCUUUCUUGGGAAGUAAGCGCCAUUUGGUUUAUUUAAAGUACGCAAGAUGCAUCUUGAGCCAACGAGACCCCUUCUUUUCGUUCACUGUCUGUACUUUUUACGCCAUACACCUUCUUUUGAGUAUCAUGAUGCAAAAUAAUAAUAUAUCAG